GCGCGGCGAGCCUGUCCGCCGUUCUCAGCCGGGUGUUGGGACGCGGAGUCUGAGGCCCACGGCAGAGCACGAUGGCCGCGUGGGGCGAGCGGCUGGCCGGCGUGCGCGGGGUGCUGCUCGACAUCUCGGGCGUGCUGUACGACGGCGGUGAGGACGGCGGCACGCCGAUCCCUGGCUCCGUGGAGGCGGUGGCGAGACUGAAGCUCUCGAAGCUGAAGGUGAGGUUCUGCACCAAUGAUUCGCAGAAGUCCCGGAGAGACCUGGUGGGGCUGCUUCAACGCCAGGGCUUCGACAUUUCCGAGGGCGAGGUCACCUCCCCGGCCCCAGCCACCUCCCUGAUCCUGAAGGAGCGAGGCCUGCGGCCACACCUGCUUAUUCAUGAUGGAGUUCGCUCAGAAUUUGAUCAGAUCGACACGUCCAACCCCAACUGUGUGGUCAUUGCAGAUGCCGGAGAAGGCUUUUCUUACCAAAACAUGAAUGAAGCCUUCCGGGUGCUCAUGGAUCUGGAAAAGCCUGUGCUCAUCUCUCUGGGAAAAGGACGCUACUACAAGGAGACCUCGGGCCUGAUGCUGGACGUUGGUGCCUACAUGAAGGCGCUCGAGUAUGCCUGUGGAAUCGAAGCCGAAGUGGUGGGGAAACCUUCUCCUGAGUACUUCCAGUUGGCCCUGAAGGAGAUGGGGGUGGAAGCCCACGAGGCCAUCAUGAUUGGAGAUGACAUCGUGGGAGACAUUGGCGGUGCCCAGCGGUGUGGAAUGAGAGCCCUGCAGGUGCGGACAGGAAAGUUCAGAUCCCAGACUUGAAGUUGAAGAGGCCGGACGCUGGAAGCAUCAGUGGACACAGACGGAAAAGCCCCACAAAGCCUACUCUCUCUAGCCUACAGACCAGGAAACAGGCAGCCUAGCAAGACCGCAAACUCGUAGACAGUAACCCUCUAUGCCAGCCAGAUACCACAGCAAAGCUGUGGUCCGUCUCCAUCCGUGCCAGCCAGGGCUGAAUGUGGAGCCAGAACUUCCACCUUCAUAAAGCUGUCAUGAGCCCCCACCACUGGGGAGGGGCAGUAUCAGAGAAGGCCAAGUAGGGCGCCAGGAGCCAGGAGGUAAGGAGAGCCCCUCUGCUGGGCUAGCGGUGGAGACCACACAGAGAUCCCCCCAUCCAGUGGUAAUAAGGCCAUCUCGCUCCCUCCUCCUUCCCGUACGGAAAGCAGUUAUGAAGCAUUUCUGCUUCUCCCAACCAGGGUGGAACUCCCACCCUCGACCAGCAGUAAGAAGAGCCCCUCCCCCACCUCAGUGUCAGCAGAGGACAAGUGGGGAACCUGGACUUCUAUGAACCUCCCUGGUAGUGAUGUGGCAGCUCUAACCCCCUUCACCUGCCAGAGGUGUGUCCAAAAACCAACUAAAAGGGAAGGUUUAAAUAAUAUCUAGAGUCUUGUACCAUAAUACCCCAAAUGUCCAGGUUUCAGUACAAAAUCGUUAUCGUGCCAAGAACCAAGAAAAUCUCAACUUGAAUGAGGAAGGACAACCAAUAGACUCCAGCACUGAGAUGACACAGAUGUUAGGACAGAGAUUUUUUAAAGCCUCUAUUACAAGAAUGCUUGAAACAAAUGAUAAAGAAAGUCUCGGCAAAGACAUAGAGGAUCCAAAGAAGAGCCGAAUGACAAUUGUGGAACUGAAAAAUACAAUAGCCGAAAUAAACUCAAAAGUGAGGGGACAGAGGAAACAAUCUGUGAACAUGAAGAUAGAGACAGAGGUUAUGCAGAGGAGAAAAAAACGGGCUGAAGAGAAUGAACAGACGUUUCACCAAAGAUGAUAUACACAGAUAGCAAAUAAGCACAUAAAAAGAUGUUCAGCAUUGUUAGUCAUUAGGGAGAUGCAGAUUAAAACCACACACGAGGUAUCACUACUCGCUUCUCAGAAGGGCUAAAAUAAAAAGACAGUCACAAGAGCACAGGCUGCUAAGGAUGCUGAGAAUCUGGACGGCUCUGGCCUUGCUGGCGGGAAUGUGAAAUGGUACGGCCGCUCGGAAAACAGUUCGGCAGUUUCUUAAAAAAUCUAAACAUGCAACUAUCAUAGGACUCAGCAGUGGUACUCCCGGGCAUUGCUCACAGAAAAAUGAAAACUCAUAAAUUCACACGAAAGCCUGUACGUGGAUGUUCAUAGCAGUUUUUCUCCAAGCCUGAAACUGGAAGCGAUUCAGAUGUUCUUCAGUGGGGGGAAGAGUUUCACUGUAUAUCCAUUCCGUGGAGUAUUGUUUGGCAAAGAAGAGAAACACACAGUUGAUGCACUGGAUAAAAUCUCCAGUGAAAAAUGCCUGUCCCCAAAGGUUAUGUACUAUCUGACCCUGAGUAUACAACAUUUUCAAAAUGAUAAAAUCAGUUUUAAAAUGAUAAAAUUAUGGUGAUGGAAACCAGACCGUUGG